AAAUCUUUCAUGGGGUUUACAUUACUAGGAGUAGGAGCUGCCCCAAAACUACCACCUAGUGUACUUUGAUUAAACAUGUUUUGUGCUUAUUUCCUACUUAUCUGCAAUUUUUAAUAAAAACCAGAGUUAGUAAACAUCAAAUGAAGUGAACGAAAACGGCAAAAAUAGUUUAACAAAACACUCACUUUUUUAUCAAACAUCAAACAAAAUAAAAUCUUCUACAUCUGUGAAGUGAAUACGGGCCUUAAUCAUAAACACAUAUAACCAAUAACUGAAAACUCGACAAACAAGAGACCCCAGCACGCCUCCAUCUAGUAUAUUGUUAAGAUCAGUGAAUAAAACGUUUGUGUUUUACAGAUAACUAGUGAAAGAGAAAAGGCCAAAAAUAAUUAUAAUGGCCUCACUUUUCAGUAAUUUAGCGAACCGCAAAAGUAUCCAUUUUUGAAAAUAUGGUUAUGUGUAUCUUUUAAGCAUUGAAUAAUUUUGCUUGUUUGAAAGUAUUUUUAAACAUUUUACAUAAUUUUAAUAUGCCUGUAAUUAGGAAAGUAGUAUCGAAAAGAACUGGACGUAGACCAGUUUUGGUUGAAUUCGACAAUGCGAAAAUUAAACUGGAGGCAGAAAAAAAUUUAGAAGUAAACUUGUUUGAGACUCCACUUGGUGAACAUUUGGUUGGAGUCACAUCAAAUAAAAUGUUAUAUACUGGAAUAAUAGAUGAAGAUGAUCUUUAUAACAACUUUAUUUUGAUACAUAAAAAGGAGUCGGAUGAGAUUAAACUAAUUCAAGUAGACACUGCUAUUGUGAGACCACAUUUUAAUAAAAUAAGUUUUUCUGGUAUAACAAACCCGCUUGAUAACUCUAUUUCUGAAUUAAAUAAGCAAUUUGGGUCGAAGAAAGCAAAAAGAGUGACUGAGCAAAGGGAGCGACUCACUAUGAACAUUGAUGCUGUAAAAGAACAGUUGGAAAGUACAGUGGCAGAUAUUAGAGUAGAAGAAACGGAACAAGUGUCUGAAAAUAAUAGUCUAUACAGGCCGAAAAUUAACAGAGAUGCAUCUACCCCAGAUGGAGUAUACAAUUUAGAAGAUUUAGUGGAAGCAUAUAUUCUUGAUACACUAGCUGUGGAAGCUGGCAACAUCAUGAAUGCAGGAGCAGCAGAUCAAUUUGGUUUGUGUCAAUUUUCAACAUCUAAUAUAAACAGAAUAUUAUCUAAUGAGUACACUGAAGAAGAAAGAAUUAGAAGGAUCACCAUCUUUUUGUAUAUCAACUAUUUGAUAAAGUUUAUGGUUACCCCUAUGAAAUCUAUUACCAAAAAAUUUGUAGUCUGUGAUAAAUCUAUUGAUGUUAAUAAUCAAAUUUUAAAUACUUUUUCUGAAAUGGGACAGAGUGGCAGGGCAAGACCUUUGCAUAUGAAAGACAAAGCACUCUGCUAUACCAUGAUAUUGGCAGCUAUCGCAAUGGAUUUUGAAGUUGAUGUCGAACUUCUCUCCAAAGACUUAAAGGUUGGAGUUAAAAAGGCUGUAGAAGUAGCUCGUAUUCUUGCCUUUAAUGCAAAAGUAAAUAACAAAAAUGUAGUCCAGUUAAAAUUGCCUUUGCCUGCUCCAAUUACUUAUACCCCCAAAAGAAAAAGAUAAAAACUAUAUGUUUUUUGUUGUGUAAAAAUGAAAAUGUUUAAAUAUGUUUUGUAUAAAUGCAUUUUUAUUUAUUAUUGAAAGAGGCAAUAGUUUUUAUACAAGAUAAAUUAAGGGAAAUUUAAUUUUCAUAUAUAAGGAAUUUUAUAAUUAUUAUAAAUGAUAAAACCAAUGUGGAUGGAAAUAAGUUGUUUUUUCAUUAUUGGAGCUAUAUUUUUAAAAGAUCAAAUUAUUCUUUUUUAAUAUGUUACAGGAGCCAUAUACUUUAUUUUAUUGACCUUCCUGAUGUCUGAAUGUCUUUCCAUAAUUUCGGGAAUUGAUUUUUUUCAUGUAUCAUCAAUUUUAUACAGUAUUGUAUUGAGUAGUAAUUUUCAAUUCCAAAAUUUAUUUUAUAUGUAUAUAAUCUAAACACAAUUGUUUAUUCGUAUAUAAUAGGGUACAUUAAAGGUUUCUUUCUGUUUGCUUUCAAUUAAAAGUUACAAAUUCAAUGCUGUAGACAGGGUGCUGCAACUUAACAAUUUAUGAUUUUUAACAAAUAAUAAGAAAUCUUUGAAUGUACACUAUUAUAAUGAUAGUUUAAUUGAAUUCAGUGGUGGCUCGUGGUAAAACACAUUAGGUGUUCUGCAAGAUUCUGCCCUCCUCCCCCAAAACCAAUUAUUUUACAGCUAUUUACCUACUUUUUAUACAUUAGUAAUUAAUAGAAUUAUUCUAUUCUGCGGUCUCUUUGUAGCAGCAAACUUGUACUCAUUCAUAUGCGCAUUUAAAAAAUCUCUUUUUGUUUAUUAACUUAUAAACUACAUCCAUGUAUCUUAUGUACAAUGGAAACGCGCGCUGGCAAAUUAACACACUAAUGAUCUACAAAACCAAAAUCGAAUCACAUCAUAUAUACGACAGAUUAUAAACAAAGCUCGCCAAUCUGGCAAAAAUGCAGCCAUUUGGCGAUAUUUUUUAGAGAGCUGUGGGAGGUGGAGAUGAUGAGCGCGAGCCAGCUAAGAGACAAAUAUGAACUGACAGUAGAAUCAGUUUGCGCGCUAUGGAUAUCGUGUAAUAAUUAAAAUUAAUGAGAUUAUCCAUAAAAUUUAUUUUAUGUAAAUAUUUUAGAAUGUCUAAAAUAAUCUCUGUGAAGUGUAGAUCAGAUAUACUUGCAUUUAUUUAUUUUUUUUUUUUUGACAGUUCUUUAGCAUUUUUGCACCAGCCGCCACUGAUUCAAUUUAAUCUUUUCGUUCUAGAAAAGACAAAUAUGGAUUUAAUAAAUAACAAGUUAAGUUGUCUUUUAUAUUUUUCAUUUCACUAAUCAUGUUUAACUAAAUUUAAAACAUAAUAGUUGACAGCAUUAUUUGGAGUACUGUUGUUUAAGCAUAAUCAAGUAAUGGGCAUGGUGCUGU